UUGCUUUAAAGGUAUUUAUCCUAAUUGCUUUUUAAUUUUUUUUCAGGGAGUGCUGGAACACCUGUUAUCUUCAAUGAAAAUGGAGAUGCUCCUGGACGCUAUGAUAUUUUUCAGUAUCAAAUCACCAACAAGAGUACAGAAUACAAAGUAAUUGGUCAGUGGACUAACCAACUUCAUUUAAAUGUAGAAGACAUGCAGUGGGCUAAUAGAGAACGCACUCAUCCAGCAUCGGUCUGCAGCCUGCCCUGUAAAGCCGGGGAAAGAAAGAAAACCGUGAAGGGAGUGCCCUGCUGCUGGCACUGCGAACGCUGUGAGGGGUACCACUACCAGGUGGAUGAGUUCAACUGUGAACUGUGCCCGAUUAACAAGAGACCAAACGCCAACCGUACAGAUUGCCAGCUUAUCCCAAUAAUCAAACUGGAGUGGCAUUCUCCUUGGGCCAUCGUGCCCGUCUUCGUAGCUAUUCUCGGUAUAAUUGCCACCACCUUUGUGAUUGUGACGUUUGUGCGGUACAAUGACACACCGAUUGUCAGGGCCUCUGGACGGGAGCUCAGUUAUGUGCUCUUGACUGGGAUUUUUCUCUGUUACUCCAUUACUUUUCUAAUGAUUGCGACUCCUGAUACUGUGGUCUGCUCGUUUCGAAGGAUCUUUUUGGGACUUGGCAUGUGUUUCAGCUAUGCUGCCUUGCUUACCAAAACAAACAGGAUUCACAGAAUAUUUGAACAAGGUAAAAAAUCUGUCACAGCUCCCAAAUUUAUUAGUCCAGCUUCCCAGCUGGUGAUCACUUUCAGCCUCAUAUCCAUGCAGCUUAUUGGAGUCUUCAUCUGGUUUGCUAUCGAUCCACCACAUAUCAUCGUGGACUAUGGAGAGCAGAGGACACUUGAACCAGAAAAUGCCAGGGGAGUUCUCAAAUGUGACAUUUCAGAUCUUUCUCUCAUUUGUUCCCUUGGAUACAGUAUUCUCUUGAUGGUCACAUGCACUGUUUAUGCUAUUAAAACAAGAGGGGUUCCAGAGACCUUCAACGAAGCAAAACCCAUUGGAUUUACUAUGUACACAACCUGCAUAAUUUGGUUAGCUUUUAUUCCAAUCUUUUUUGGUACAGCCCAAUCAGCAGAGAAGAUGUACAUCCAGACAACAACACUUACUGUCUCCAUGAGUUUAAGUGCUUCUGUGUCUCUGGGCAUGCUCUACAUGCCCAAGGUUUAUAUUAUCAUUUUUCAUCCAGAGCAGAAUGUUCAAAAACGGAAGCGGAGCUUCAAGGCUGUAGUGACAGCUGCCACAAUGCAAAGCAAACUGACCCAAAAAGGAAAUGACAGACCAAAUGGCGAGGUCAAAACUGAACUGUGUGAAAGUCUUGAAACCAACACCUCCUCUACCAAGACAACUUAUGUCAGUUACAGCAAUCAGGCAAACUGA